AUGGUAGUGGUUUAUCUGGCCUUGGCUGAGGCUCCACUGUUCUGCGUUUGUAACCCUCAAUACCGGAUCCAGCCAGAACUGCAGUGGGAGCAGAGUCUCUCUCCACGGGAGAGCCAGAGCACGUUAACGGAGGUGCAGUUUGGACCAAUGAAGCUCUAUGAAGAUCAGCUGCAGGUGCUGUUAGUGUUUGCCAAAGACGAUGCUCAGAGUCACAGCUUCUGCUGGGCGUGUGAACGCGCUGGUUUCAGGUGUAAUGUGGCCCGAACGCCAGAAGCGGCGCUGGAGAGCUUUGAGGAGAAGAACCACGAUCUGAUCAUCAUCGAUCACAGACAUUCCAGAUACUUCAACGCUGAAGCGCUCUGUCGCUCAAUUCGAGCCAUCAGCUGCUCUCACAACACUGUGAUUGUGGCUGUAGUGAAAAGGUUUGUGCCCAGAUCUCUCUCUCUCACACACAUACACACACACUCACUCACUCACUCACACACACACACUCAGCUGGAGGAGCGUUUGAAGCCGCAGACGCUGGACUUUCAUCACACAGGGGUUGAACUUUGAUUCUCCGUCAGACCUGAGACCUGCUUCUGUAUGCUGUUUAGA